AGGAGUUUGCUUGUCUCACUUCCCCUGCGUGUGCAGGGGUGAGUAAGAGCCCGAGUGGGGAGCCGUGCCCGCCGCCGUUUAUGACAGGGUUUUAUGUCUGUGGCAACCGCCACCACCAUGUCACUGGUGAUCCAACCCACCAGACGGACCGUGACUCACCCGGCCGGCCAGUAGCUCCAGGAAUGACUCCGGGCUUGUGACCGGCCGGCCGCGCGGGGACAGAGCAUGGCCGGGCAGGGCUGCGGGCCGCCGUGCUCCCUGGCCACGCUGCCGUGGAGCGAGGGGGACAUGCCUGCCAACUGCUCCUCUGGCCGCCCGGCCUGCGCCGCUGCCAACCGCUCCGAGGCGCAGCCGCCCGCGGGCCCUGCGCUGCCCGGGAGCCUGGACGUGGCCUUCACCGGCGCGGCGGCCGUGAUGAUGGGGCUGCUCAUGUUCUCCCUGGGCUGCUCCGUGGAGGCCCGCAAGCUCUGCGUGCACCUGCGGCGGCCCUGGGGCGUCGCCGUGGGGCUGCUCUGCCAGUUCGGACUCAUGCCGCUCACGGCGUACCUCCUGGCGCGCGGCUUCUCCCUGGAGCCCGCCCAGGCCGUGGCCGUGCUCAUCAUGGGCUGCUGCCCGGGCGGAACCAUCUCCAACAUCUUCACCUUCUGGGUCGACGGCGACAUGGAUCUCAGCAUCAGCAUGACGGCCUGCUCCACCGUGGCCGCGCUGGGGAUGAUGCCGCUGUGCCUCUACCUCUACACCUGGUCCUGGGAGCUGGGCAGGAGCCUCACCGUGCCCUACCAGAACAUAGGAAUAACUCUUGCAUGCCUGACGGUCCCUGUGGCUUUUGGCGUCUACGUGAAUUACAGAUGGCCAAAGCAGUCCAAAAUCAUUCUCAAGGUCGGGGCCGUGGCUGGUGGGCUCCUGCUCUUGGUGGUCGCCGUUGCUGGCGUGGUGCUGGCAAAAGGAUCUUGGAACUCCGACCUCACCCUCCUGACCAUCAGCUUCCUCUUCCCUCUGAUCGGCCACGCCGCGGGCUUCCUGCUGGCUCUCCUUGCCCGCCAGUCCUGGCAGAGGUGCAGGACGAUUUCCUUAGAAACCGGAGCUCAGAAUAUCCAGAUGUGUGUCACCGUGCUCCAGCUGUCGUUCGCCGCUGAGCAGCUGGUGCAGAUGCUGUGCUUCCCACUGGCCUACGGCCUCUUCCAGCUGCUGGACGGGUUCAUCAUCAUUGCAGCAUACCAGCUGUACGCGAGGAGAUGGAAGAGCAAACACAGGGAACAGAAGACAGAGUGUGUGGAAGGGCAUGGUGAAAAAGAGCCCGUUCCUCCCCUGGAGACCAGCACGUUCUUGGAAGCGAAUGAAGACACUCCUGGGACUCCGGGCCGGUCGGGGGGCGUGGAAGUCUGGGGGGCGCCCUAGUGGCACUGGGGGGGCUGAGUCUGAGCAGCCCAGAGGCACAGGGACCAGCAGAGACACUGCCAUGUUGGUGCAUGAGCCUUGGGGGCAGAGCCUGCGUGACGUUGAGUCGUGACUGUUAGACUAUUUAUAUAUAUAUUUCUGUGUGGCUUCAGGAUGCACUUUGUGUAUUUUCUGGAGUGUUUUUUUUUUGUGUGUGGGGUGCACUGAUCAUGUUCUGUCACUGCCGUUGCCAUUCUUGCCUUUCCUUGCAGUGUCGAGGGACCGCCCUGCUGUGUUGACCUGUCACCUGGGGCAGUUGAAUCCGCCUGGGGUGAGGGCUCGGGUGAGCGUGCUCAUUACCUCCCAGUCUGGGGCAAGAGCAGAGGCCUGGCAGGGCCCGAGCUUGCAGACCCUGGCUCUGUGAGGUGAAGGAAUCACGCCGCGCUGAUGUAAAAAAAAAAAAAAAAGAAAAAAAAAGAAAAAAAAAGAUGGGGUCCUUUCUGGAAUGAUGGUUUUCCUGAAGGAUGAGGCCCUUCUGGAUUUUCGCUGUGAUAAUCCAGGCUCGGGUGGAGUCCGAGGUCGGAAGGUGAAUGCCCUUCACAUCUGCUCCCACAGGCUAGGGGGCCUCCUUGUAAUAGACGUGUAUGUGGUGUCGUGUUUUCCAAACGCUGAGGUCACCGCACAGUUGCUUCAUGCUGGACUAUGAAGCAGCCUUUGACCUACCUCACGCCCUGGAACUGGACACUUCACAGCAGUGCUCCAGCGCGCCCAGGGGAGGCGGGCGUGUCCUCCCCUUCCCUCCGGCAUGGCCAGAGAGCGCUCAGCUGCCCAGGCUCACAGGGCUACGGACAGCCAGGCCCGUGGCAGCACUUUCGCAGGGCUACUGUCUGUGCCCCCGCCACCCAGGAGGGUGCUGGGCACACAGUGCUCUGCAGAGCUGGUGUGGGGCUUCCAGCCGCGCCAGCCGGGGACUCCAUCUGCCCUGGGAAAUGACCAUAAAUGAUGAGUGAAGUAUUUUCCAUAGCCACCAUGUUCUCUGCAUGUUUCUUGGUGGCACUCUUUGUCCUUUCGGGUGGAUACAUUUGAACGCUGACGGUGACUUUGCCCUGUGUUUGAAAGAACUCACCUCUCCCUCUUGUGUUUUCUCUAAUGUCUCUGCUGUAGAGAAAUUUUGUACAUACAUAUUAAUAUACAGUGUUAUUAGUCUCUGACAAUUACCUUGAUAGCUUCCAGAUGUUAGAGUAUUUAUUUUUUCAGUAUGAAUCGGGAGAGGAUCCCGUCUUGGCGGUGCGGCUGGCCCCUGUCAGGGAGCUGGCCCGGCGGUUCCCCACACUCCUACAGGCGAGGGCCAGACGGUUCCUCUCCGACAUCACCAAAAUAGUUCCCGUAUGUUUUCUCAUGGGCCGAAAGGGGUACAGAUUUGUUUCACCUUGAAUUAAUUUUUCUUUCUUUUUUCUUUUUUUGCUUUUUGGGUCACACCCGGCGAUGCACAGGGGUCACUCCUGGCUCAUGCACUCAGGAAUCACCCCCGGCGGUGCUCAGGGGACCAUAUGGGAUGCUGGGAUUCGAACCCGGGUCUGCCGCGUGCAAGGCAAAUGCCCUACGCGCUGUACUAUCUCUCCAGCCCUGAAUUAAUUUUUCUGUCUGAUGUACUUAGAAUCUAAUUCUCAGCCUUAAUGAACCAUCCCAGCACAAUUGUAUUAAAUCAUUUAUUUUUUAUUGAUUUAAGAUACAGCUUUACCAAGUCACUCUAACGAUGUGUUUUUUGGUCGGGAUUCUGUCGCCCCUUUUUUCUGUCUCCUCUAGCUGGUAGGAUUGGAACAUGUGAGGCGAUCUAAGACUGCAAAUGUUUUCAGAAGUUCUGUAUUUCCAAGAACUCCUGUGGAUUAAUAAAAUGUUCAUGCUUGUUA